GUAGACAGGAAAGCACGGCGGCUCUUAUGGAUACUGGCCAUAGUCUGCGCUGUGGGAUGGGGUCUUGCGCUGGUUGUAUUGCUUAUGGGAGGCAGCUACAAGCACGCCUCGAAGCGGCCCCACGACCCUCUCGCGACGGCUUCGAGGGGCUCUGGGAAGAAGGUCACCCUGGACCAAGUUAUGAGUGGUGUUUGGAGACCUCGUCAUGAGAGCGUUUCUUGGAUCGCGGGCCCUAAAGGCGAGGACGGGCUGUUGCUUGAACGUGGUGGUGUAUUUGGUUCGGACUACCUCGUCGUCGAGGACAUUCGGCGCGCAGAAGGCGAUGUGUCUUCCGCGGAUAAGACUACGCUUAUGAAGUCGGCAUCUUUCUUUGUCGGAGACAAAUUUGUGAGCCCGAAUAGGGUUUGGCCAAGCAAAGACUUCAAGAAAGUCCUCGUUUUAUCUGAAGAGGAGAAGAACUGGAGGCAUUCAUUCAUUGGGCUGUAUUGGAUAUUCGAUGUGGAAAAGCAAACCGGCGAAGCGCUCGAUCCUGCGAAACCGGAGGCAAAGAUUCAACUGGCUUCUUGGUCACCACAGUCAGAUGCCGUUGUGUUCACCAGGAAUAACAAUAUGUUCCUACGCCACUUGGGCUCCGACUCAGUGACCCAAAUCACCAAAGAUGGGGGCCCGGAGCUGUUCAACGGUGUUCCUGACUGGGUGUAUGAAGAAGAGGUCUUCUCUGGCAACAUUGCAACCUGGUGGUCUGAGGAUGGCGAGUACAUUGCCUUCCUCCGGACCGACGAGUCUGCUGUGCCUACUUUCCCCGUCCAGUAUUUCCUCUCCAGACCAAGCGGCAAGAAGCCAAAGCCCGGAGAAGAGAACUACCCAGAAGUACGGAACAUCAAAUAUCCAAAAUCUGGCGCGCCGAACCCUACCGUAACGCUGCAGUUCUACGAUGUUGCUAAGAACGAGGUCUUCUCAGUAGAUAUCGAAGAUGAUUUCGCGGACCCUGAUCGCCUCAUCACCGAGAUCGUAUGGGCCGGACGCAGCAAGCAAGUCCUAGUGCGAGAAACGAACCGUGAAAGCGACAUCCUCAAAGUUGUUCUCAUGGAUGUCGAGAGGCGCACUGGCAAGACUGUCAGAACUGUUGACGUAAACGCUAUCGAUGGAGGCUGGUUCGAAGUUUCUCAAAAAACCACGUUUAUUCCUUCAGACCCCGGCAAAGGACGCCAACACGACGGUUACAUAGACACUAUCAUACACGAAGGCUAUGACCACAUUGGAUAUUUCACGCCCCUCGACAACCCAAAGCCAAUUCUCCUCACCUCGGGCAAAUGGGAAGUCGUCGAUGCACCGUCAGUCGUAGAUCUCAACAAGAAUCUCGUAUAUUUCGUCUCUACCAAGGAGAGCUCGAUUCAGCGCCACGCCUACUACGUAAAACUGGAUGGCACUGGUAUGACAGCAAUCACCGAUACGAGCAAAGAAGGGUAUUACGGAACUUCUUUUUCCACAGGCGGUGGAUAUGUCCUGCUGUCAUACGAAGGCCCUGGCAUCCCGUGGCAGAAAGUCAUCAGCACCCCCAGUAACAAGGACCACUACGAAAAGACACUAGAGGAGAAUAAGGGCCUGGAGAAACUCGCAAGAGAACACGAACUUCCAAUCUCGAAGUAUGAAACAGUCCAUGUAAACGGCUUUGACAUCAACGUUUUAGAGCGCAGACCACCGCAUUUCAACGCGAAGAAGAAGUACCCCGUCCUGUUCUACUUGUACCAAGGGCCUGGGUCUCAGAUGGUGGAGAAGAAGUUCCACGUGGACUUCCAAGCCUAUGUUGCUUCUAGUCUCGGCUAUAUUGUUGUCACGGUCGACGGACGCGGCACUGGGUAUCUCGGGCGGGACCUACGCGUAAUCGUUCGCGGUGUCAUCGGCUAUCACGAAGCCGAAGAUCAAAUUUCAGUUGCGAAGAUCUGGUCGAAGAAGAGCUACGUUGACGAAGAAAGGAUGGCAAUCUGGGGCUGGAGCUAUGGCGGUUUCAUGACGCUCAAGACUUUAGAGCUUGAUGCAGGAGAAACUUUUAAAUACGGCAUGGCAGUUGCGCCAGUCACCGACUGGAGAUUUUACGACUCUAUCUACACGGAACGCUACAUGCACACACCCCAGCACAACGCCGCCGGCUACGACAACUCCUCAAUCCACGACGUCAAAUCCCUCGCGAAGAACGUCCGCUUCCUCCUGAUGCAUGGCGUUGCGGAUGACAAUGUCCACAUGCAGAAUUCUCUUACCUUACUAGACAAUCUAGAUUUAGGAGGUGUGGAGAAUUACGAUGUGCAUGUGUUCCCAGAUUCAGAUCACAGCAUCUACUUCCACAAUGCGAACCGCAUCGUCUAUGAUAAAUUAAGCAGUUGGCUCGUCAACGCGUUCAAUGGCGAGUGGCUACGGAUAGAGCAUGCAGUGCCUGUACAGGUUGAGGGGAAGACUCGGAAGCAUUGAUU